GUUUGAAUCUUUCCUGUGGGUGCUCAUGUUUGUAAAUUUGUUCUUCCCAAAGUACUUUGUGCCAUGACAGAUCUCUCUGUGACAUUAUCCUCCAUUCUGGUCGAGAAGCACUCGUCAAAAUCUGUGAUCGGCCGAACCAGAGACCUUACGUCCAACCUUGACGCUUUUCUGAAGGAGGCAUAUCAGAUAAAUCAAUCCAUCUUGUCACUUCUUAGGUACCUACGAGCCCUCCGAACACCCUAUCUAUCAACGGCACAGCCACCUCGCCAUUCCCGUCGGACCGAGCCUCCAUCAUCUCUGUCCUCUGCACAAGAGUGGGAAAUCCCUGAGCACCUCAACGACUCGCAGAGAGAAGCGAUCGACUCGGAAACAUCCUCAGUUCUUCGGGAAAUCAAUGGCAGGAUCAGUGAUCUCUCUUCCGCCGUUGACCUACAGCACGACACCGCGAAAAGGGUUUUAGAGAAACGAUAUGGGCGACCAAACGGGAUCUUAUGGCGCUGGGCAGCUGGCGACGGCGAUAACACGGACGCCGGGAAGUCGAGUGCGCAGCUGGAAGAUGAAGGACGAGCCUGGACGACAAAGACGUUUCGAGAUGGCGUGCUGUGGUACCUAGGCAAGAGGCUGAAGGAUGCUAUCACCAUGCAGCAAGAGAUGGUCGAGAAACGGUUGGAUCGCGAGCGCCAGAAGCAGAUGAGCGUACUUUACGAUCCGAGAAACAAGGGUGUGAACACAAGUCGAGAUGCCACGUUGACUGCAUCUCCUACGGAAAUAUAUGGCAAUCAAGAUCUGCGAGGACACGACGAGUACAAGCCUUGGAACGACCCAGCUCAGUCUGGGCAGCAAGAUUUAUCUGCAGAACAGCUACAACUCUUCGAAGAAGAGAACAAGGGGAUCUUUGAGCAUUUCAACAAUCAACUGGCCAAAGUUACGCAGGUGGAAAAGAGUCUGAUGGAGAUCAGCAGUUUACAGCAGACCUUGGUCGGACAUCUGAGUGUUCAGGGAGAGAUGAUUGGGGGUCUUGUUACAGAUGCCGCGAAUACAGAUGAGAAUGUGCGCAAGGGGAACCGCGAGUUGAAGAAGGCAAGUGAGAGAGGGAGCACAGCACGGUUGGUGUUUUAUGCCACCGCUGGCUUCUGUUCGUUCUUGGUGGUUUGGGACUUGAUAUUCUAAGCUAAGGUCGAGAGUGGCUAUACAACGGUACCCAUUGAACAUCUCACCAAGGCGUGUGAAUCGACAUCUACCAUUCAUGUACACAUAUAUUUGCCUACACAUACGAUACUUCCGAAGUCAACGGGCAAGUCGCCGAGAUUUGGUACCGCUGGUGGCGUCC